ACGGGCGCUUGACCAUGCCCCCGCUGCCACACAGAGAAAAGGCAUUUGAAUAUGAUAACUGUUGUAAAGCAUUUUUUGAGGAUUCAGACCUAAGAAAACACCUGAAAACUCACACACAUGAGAAGCCUUACAAGUGUUCUUUUUGUGGGAAAUGUUUUGCACACCUGUCCUAUUUGAAAAAGCACCAGAAAAUUCAUACCUUUGCCGGAGUUCAUAUGUCCAUUGAAUGUGGGAAGACCUUUACUACAGCCAGCAGCAUGAAACAGCACCAAAUAAUUCAUACUGGAGAGAAACCUUACAAGUGCUCACACUGUAAAAGGAGUUUCACUUGGUCAUAUCACCUGAAAUCACAUGAGAGAAUU